GUCUUCUGAUGCUUUCCUUCUGAGGCCAUCUCUAAUCUUUGUAUAUUUCGUUCUCUCUCGAUCAAAAUCUUUAUGGCAGAACCCUCGAGUAAAAUUACAAAAGGUCUCUACAGACUAUAUUCUAAUCAAUUCCCCUCAAAAACCACAUCAAUUUUCUCUGCAAAGCAAAAUAUAUACGCUAUUUCCAAUGAAAAUUCUAUGCCAAGUCACUCUGCUGCAAUUUUCUCAUCCAGGUUCUCAAAUUUAAGAAAUCUUGUAUCUGAAACCCAAUCGAAAGUGUAUCUCAAUGGUUGUUCUUCUAAACCCACAUCAUCAGGUGGUCUAUUUUCUCAUGUCAUCUCUUCAAAUCAUAAUUCCCAUUCUCCAUCAUGUGGAUAUCCUCUGAGGUACUACUCAUCAGGAGUUUUCCAGACUGGGUUCUCAAAGUCGAGACCUUUAAGCCCCAAGAUUAACUCGAACCUUCAACCAUUCUCUUCUAGAAGCUUAGGGUUUAGUAUGCUUAAUGGGAAUUCAUUGGGGUCUAGGUAUAUCUCUUUCAAGAGUUCGGAUUUCAGUAAGCUCAAUGGCAACUUCACGAAAACGGUGGUCGAUAAGCCCAUCUCGGCUAUCUCUUCCGCGAUCACACGGUAUCGAGAGGCUGUUGGCCUGCAAAUUGAGGCUUUGUGGAAGAGGAAUUUCCUGUUGCUGGUAGGAGCUGCAGGUUUUGCAUUUUGUAUUAUUUUGUGGAGACUUAUGUUUGGAAUCGCAAAUACAUUUGUGGGGCUCUCGGAAGGCAUGGCGAAGUACGGCUUCCUUGCUCUUUCAGCCUCCAUUGUUGCGUUCUCUGGCCUGUAUGUCCGCUCAAGAUUCUCAAUCAACCCUGAUAAAAUUUAUAGAAUAGCCAUGAGGAAGUUAAACACUUCUGCUGGGAUACUUGAGGUCAUGGGUGCCCCUCUAUCAGGAACAGAUAUGAGAGCAUAUGUGAUGUCAGGAGGAGGGAUCAGCCUAAAGAACUUUAAGCCAAGGGUUAGGAACAAGAGGUGUUUCCUUAUUUUCCCGAUACGUGGUUCUGAAAGAAGAGGCCUCGUAAGCAUUGAAGUCAAGAAGAAAAAGGGACAGUAUGAUAUGAAGCUUCUAGCGGUCGACAUUCCUAUGGCAACAGGACCUGAUCAGCGGCUAUUUCUCAUUGGAGAUGAAGAAGAGUACAAGAUCGGGGGUGGAUUAAUAUCUGAAUUGAGAGAUCCCAUAGUGAAGGCCAUGGCUGCAGAAAAGGAGUUUGAAGCUCUUGACCAAAAGGAGGAAGAAGAGGAUGCAGAAAGAGAGCUUCAGGAAGCAGAAAGAAAGAACCGUGAAGAGACUGAAAAGCUGGAAAAAGGUAGCUCAUAAUGACUUUUUAAAAUGGUUUCAUUUCUCUCUUUUUUUUUGUUGGGGGGGGGGGGGGUUGUUCUUUAAGCUUUCUUUUCCUGUGCAAUUGAAGCUUAAAGAGAGUGAGACUUGCCCGUUUGAUAUAGAGAUGGAAUUAAUAUUAAAGGCAUUUUGCAUUUGCAGCAUUUUGAAUUUAACAAAUUUGGAUCAUCUUGUAAGAAUAAUAAUGUUGUACACUCGUACUUUCUGGGGCAUGAAAGGAUCAAUCCCACAUUUUGACUAAGAUACUUCUUUUUAAAA